AUGUCUGUAACCGAUGGCGAGAGCGAGCGCGAUGGCCGUUUCUUCAGCCUCAGUGAUGUUGUGGCACCGCACGGAAGCACUGGUACGUUCUUUGAAUGUGUGGUCCACGACUGUGGCUACUGCCUUGGUGUUCGCGAGAUUGUAGUUGCCGGCGUCAACAUAGGCCUGGAGAAUGUUGCCAACGAUAAACACGCCCUUGGACGAAUAGGCACGCCGGAGGAAGUUGCCCGCUCCAUCGCCUUCCUGGCGUCCGAUGACGCAGCGUUUGUCACGGGAAUCACGAUGCCCAUCGAUGGUGGAUUUCUCCUUUUAUCCAGCAUCUCGGGUGCCCCCAAAGUUCUGGAUGCCUUGCAGACUGCUUGA